AUGGAUCAUCCUAAACUUAUUAUCAAACAACACAUUCCCUCAUUUUUACAAGACAUUUUACAUGGAUUUUCUCUCGAUACCAAUCAUCAUACUAGUACCUAUUUUUCUUCUUCUUGUUUUCUUCUAUACUUACAAUCAACAACACACAUACGGGAGGAAGACAAAGAAGUAUCAUCCAGUUUGUGGGACUGUAUUUAAUCUGCUCAUCCACUUCAACAAGGUGCAUGAUUACUUGACCGAUCUUGCAGAAAAAUACAAAACCUUUAGAUUGAUUAGCCCUUUCCAUGGUGAAAUUUAUACAACUGAUCCGGUGAAUGUGGAGUAUAUUCUCAAGACGAAUUUCGAAAAUUAUGGAAAGGGAACGUAUACCCACAACAUUCUAGAGGAUCUACUUGGUCACGGGAUAUUUACAAUUGAUGGGGACAAAUGGAGAGAACAAAGGAAGGUAUCAAGCCAUGAGUUCUCUACAAAUGUCUUGAGAAAUUUUAGUAGUGUAAUUUUCAAGAACAACACAAUAAAACUUGGGAACAUAUUGUCAGAAGCUGCAAAUAACAACCAAAUAAUCGAUAUAUAUGAUUUGUUCAUGAAAGCAACAAUAGAUUCAAUAUUUAAAGUUGCUUUUGGAAUUGAUCUUGACAAUAUAUGCGGUUCAAGUGAAGAAGGUGUCCGAUUCAGUCGUGCAUUUGAUGAUGCAAACACGUUGACAAGUCGAAGAUUUGUUGACAUAUUGUGGAAGAUCAAGAAGUAUUUUAAUAUUGGGUCUGAAGCUGAAUUGAAGAAAAAUAUGAAAGUGGUUAAUGAGUUUGUUUAUGACUUGAUCCGUAUCAAGAUUGAACAAAUGGAUAAGACAAACAAUGAAUUUUCGAAAACACAGUUGAUCAAAGAAGACAUCCUAUCGAGGUUUCUACAGAUGAAAUAUGAAGAUCCAAAGUAUUUGCGAGAUAUAAUACUUAGCUAUGUACUUGCUGGUAAAGAUCCUAUAGGGAUUACCAUGUCUUGGUUUAUUUACUUGCUUUGCAAACAUCCAGAAGUUCAAGACAAGGUUGCAAGGGAAAUAAAAGAAGCAACAAAUGUGAAAGAAGAAAUCACAAAUGUUGCAGAGUUUGCAGCAUAUGUGACUGAGGGUGCACUCAAGAAAAUGCAAUAUCUUCAUGCAGCUUUAACAGAAACUAUUAGACUCUAUCCUGCUCUACCAAUGGACCCAAAGAUUUGCUUUUCUGACGAUGUUCUACCUGAUGGUUAUAAUGUGAAGAAAGGGGAUAUGGUAUCUUAUUUGCCAUAUGCAAUGGGGAGGAUGAAAUUCAUAUGGGGUGAGGAUGCACAUGAGUAUAAUCCAAAAAGAUGGCUUGAUGAAAAUGGCUACUUUCAUCCGGAGAACCCUUUCAAAUUUACAGCUUUCCAGGCUGGACCACGAACUUGUUUGGGUCGGGAUUUUGCAUAUAUGCAAAUAAAAAUAUUUUCUUCUAUCUUGUUAGGUUGCUUCAUGUUCAAGUUGAGUGAUGUAAACAAGGUCCCAAGGUAUAGAAUGUCGAUCAAUCUUCACAUCGAUGGUCCGCUAGAAAUUCUUGUUUACAAUAGAUUUGGUUUAAAAAAUCGUUAAAGUUAAAAACGGAACUUUGUGAACAUAGGUUGGUAACACAUUUGAUGUUACCAAUCACAUAUGAAGCUUUGUUAAAUAAUAGUGUAAUGUUGUUUAUUAAUAAGAAUGUAACAAUGUAGCUGAUAAA